UGCACGGAACGAAAACCCCUUCUCUCUCUCUCGCUGUCGGGGCUUGUCUGUCUCUCUCUGGUACCUUCUUCUUCGCGUUCGACUUCCUGAGCAAUCCUCACCACCACCGUCGCGGACCGGUCGCAGCUCGUCCGUCCGGCUAAUCUCUCCUAUCUUCGAUUUGCAUAUCUGAGUGCGUGGGGCGAUCCUUCUGCCCUCAGCAAUGGCGACUGUGAUGCAGAAAAUCAAGGACAUCGAGGAUGAGAUGGCAAGGACCCAGAAGAAUAAGGCUACUGCCCACCAUCUUGGCUUGCUUAAGGCUAAACUUGCUAAGCUCCGGAGGGAACUCCUUACACCUACUACAAAAGGAGGUGGUGGCGCUGGAGAAGGUUUUGAUGUGACUAAAAGUGGAGAUGCAAGAGUUGGUCUGGUUGGUUUCCCUUCAGUCGGGAAAUCUACUCUUUUGAAUAAGUUGACAGGGACAUUCUCAGAGGUUGCUUCAUAUGAAUUUACUACGUUGACUUGCAUCCCUGGUGUGAUCAUGUACCGAGGGGCUAAAAUUCAGUUGUUGGAUCUUCCUGGUAUUAUUGAGGGUGCCAAGGACGGGAAGGGUAGAGGUCGGCAGGUGAUUAGCACUGCAAGGACAUGUAAUUGUAUUCUAAUUGUUCUUGAUGCAAUAAAGCCAAUAACUCACAAGCGUCUGAUAGAAAAGGAACUUGAGGGCUUUGGAAUAAGGCUGAACAAGGAGCCCCCUAAUCUGACAUUCAGGAAGAAAGAUAAAGGUGGAAUUAAUUUCACAUCGACUGUUACGAACACCCUUCUGGAUCUUGAAACUGUGAAAGCAAUAUGCAGUGAGUACAGGAUACACAAUGCGGAUAUCACUCUGAGGUAUGACGCUACGGCUGAUGACCUUAUCGAUGUUAUUGAAGGAAGUAGGAUAUAUAUGCCUUGCAUAUACGUUGUAAACAAGAUCGAUCAAAUUACACUAGAGGAGCUGGAGGUCCUGGACAGACUGCCUCAUUACUGUCCUAUCAGUGCUCAUCUGGAAUGGAAUCUUGAUGGUCUUUUGGAGAAAAUAUGGGAAUAUCUUAAUUUAACUCGAAUCUACACGAAGCCGAAAGGAAUGAAUCCUGAUUAUGAUGACCCUGUAAUUUUAUCAUCGAAGAGGAGGACGGUGGAGGACUUUUGCCACAGGAUACACAAGGACAUGGUCAAGCAAUUUAAAUAUGCUUUGGUCUGGGGAUCAAGUGUCAAGCACAAGCCUCAAAGAGUCGGCAAGGAGCACGAGCUGGACGAUGAGGAUGUGGUUCAGAUCAUCAAAAAAGUUUAAGGACUCGAAUAUUCGAGAGGAUGGGAACCUAUAUAUGUUAGUUGCAGCUGCUGUUUCCUUGGAGAUGGUUUCUCUGAGUUUCUGUUCUGCCCUUAAGGCACUUUUGAGUUACUAUGUUUAGCAAAUUUUGAGGGAGCAUGCAGGGCAUAGUAGUCUAAGGUACAAGUAUGAGGCUUUGUAGUGUAAAUCCAAUCCCCACAUGAUGAAAAGCCCCUUCGAGCUUGGCUUUGGUUUCUCUCUGAUUCGGUCUCCGCUGAACCUUUCUAUAUGGAUAUUCGAAAUUCUCGAAGAGUCGAAAUAAGGUCGCACUUUGAAUUAGAUUUUUCUGCUAUAGUUAAAGAGUGAUCUAUCCGUUUGAAUAUAUGUUCUCUGUAUAAUGUACAAGAUGAAGUCGUGAUUAUUGAGAAGGUAAAACUUCCAAUAUGUAUAUGUCGGAUUCGGGUUCCAGAAUAUUUCAGUUACAAGGGGUGUCUAUGGAACUGUUGACCUCUGGAAUUCAAUA